ACUGCGAUGUACGAGCAGAAAACCGUUGGGUGGCGCUUCGAGAACUGGCACAGCCUUUAUCAAAUCAUUCUAUCCUUCUUCUUCUUAUUUUCCUGUGAAAGUAAUAAUUCAAAGUUCAGAUUUCAAAAUUUGGAGCCAGUUUUAGCCCUCACAUCAAUCGUAAUCAUACAUAUAAAUACAUCUGUACUUAUACAUACAUUUUAUUAUAAAGAAUCGUACAGUAUAGAUAGGCCAGCCAUACAAUCAGGGUCAGUUCAUGGUACCUCUGUGAACGAUCAUUGCAAGUUUUAUUUACAAUUUGGAUAACUGGUGACAGAUAAGUAUGCGAGGUACUGGAAAGAAAGCAAAAAAUCAAGAAUCCGGGAAAUCUUGUUUCUCAAAUUCAGAGAAUGGGUCAAUGCUAAUUGCAUCAUUGAAGUUAAGAAAGGACAAAACAAUACCUCAUUGCAAAAGAGGAAAACCAAAACCCAAAUCUCAAUUAAAAGCAACUGGUGGAAGUAGGCUGAAAAGAGUAGCGACUGAUCCAUCAAGUAAGGGGAUCAAGAAUGGGUAUACUACAAAUACCAAAAUGAUUUGUAAAAAAAUAUUGCAAAAAGCAAUUGAUAAGAAGUCAUCAACAAAGAAGCUAACUUCUAAAGUGCGACGAGGCAAACGUCUACCAGCUAUUGGUUGUGAGGAUAAUGGGAAAGAACCCAAUGAGGAUGUCAAUGUUACAGUCAAAAAACUUAACAGGAGGAAGAAGAAUAAGAGAGGACAAAAGGAAAAGGUGAAGCUAGAUGAACCAUCACGCUUGCAGAGGAGGACAAAGUAUUUGAUGAUUAAAAUGAAGCUGGAGCAGAAUCUUAUUGAUGCGUAUUCUGGGGAGGGCUGGAAAGGUCAAAGUCGGGAGAAGAUCAAGCCAGAAAAGGAACUUGUAAGGGCCAAGAAGCAGAUUUUGAAGUGUAAGCUUGGCAUACGUGAUGCUAUUCACCAGUUAGAUUCACUUAGUACAGUGGGGUGCAUUGAAGACUCAGUAAUUGCUCCAGAUGGAUCUGUUUCCCAUGAACAUAUAUUCUGUGCGAAAUGCAAGUCGAAUGAAGUUUCCCCGGAUAAUGAUAUCGUUCUCUGUGAUGGGACAUGCAAUUGUGGCUUCCACCAAAGAUGCCUCGAUCCUCCAUUGGACACCGAAAAUAUACCACCUGGAGAUCAGGGAUGGUAUUGCAAGUUUUGUGAAUGUAGGAUGGAAAUUAUAGAAGCUAUGAAUGCACACCUAGGGACCCAGUUCUCUGUAGAUAGCUGUUGGCAGGAUAUUUUUCAAGAAGAAGCAACUUUCUCUGAUGGUGGAGGCAUAUUGUUAAAUCCAGAAGAAGAAUGGCCCUCAGAUGAUUCUGAAGAUGACGAUUAUGAUCCUGGAAGUCAGGAUAACAGCAUUAGUGGAGCAGGCACUGAUGAUGAUGCUUCUGAUAAUGCUAGUAGUGCAACCAGCUUGGGUUGGUCUUCAGAUGGUGAAGUUCUUUCAGGAUCUAGGAAGUGGGAUAUGGGGGAUACUUAUUUUAGAAACCAAUUUAUUUAUAGCAGCUUAGACUCUGAUGAAACCAGUGAUGGGGAAAUUGUGUGCGGCCGUAGACAGCGAAGAGCAGUUGACUAUAAGAAGUUAUAUGAUGAGAUGUUUGGAAAGGAUGCUCAAGAACACGAGCAAGUGAGUGAAGAUGAAGACUGGGGCCCUGGCAAAAGAAAGCGGAGAGAAAAGGAGUCAGAUGCUGCCAGCACCCUUAUGACACUGUAUGAAAGUGAGAAAACAAGUAAAAAAGUUAAAAAACAUUCUAGAGACCCACAAGUUAAAAGGCCACUAUUUAGAAUUCCUCCUUCUGCAGUUGAGAAACUACGCCAGGUGUUUGCAGAGAAUGAACUUCCCUCUAGAACUAUCAAGGAAAACCUUUCAAAAGAAUUAGGUCUUGAACCCGGGAAGGUUAGCAAAUGGUUCAAGAAUGCACGAUACCUGGCUCUAAAGUCCAGGAAGGCAGACAGAACAAGUGAACUUUACAGUUCUAGUCCUGAAAUCCCCAGGGAACCGAAAUUGGAUGCUGUAAAUAAAAUAACAGCUGAUCUUGCGGAGUUAAGGGCCACCUCAAGCGAAACCAAGAUAUAUAGCCCGAAAAGUUUAAAACAGAUUCUUCAGAGGAAGGAAUCAAAGUCAAUGAGCAGCAGUCCGAAGAAAACUACACUGCAAAGAACUCCCACUGAAUCACUGUCUAAAAGCAAUGAGAUCAGUGUUGAGUAUAGUGAUGAUUUGAGCUUGAAGAAGCUGUUAAAAUCAAAAGCUAAGAGAGGAAAGAAGAGGGUCAACUCCAUUUCAAGAAGGGCAUCACAAAUGGCUGAGGCUGAGAUGGAGAAACUUUGCAGAGUCAAGGUUAGGCUAGAGAAUUUGAAGCAGAAACUGCUGAGACUACAAAAUGGCAAAGCUAGGAAGACAAUUAGGAACCAGUGGCAGCAAGAAUCUGUCAUUUUGGUUCCCAUUGCGGAGCUAAGGGAAAAAAAUUGAUCUUUGGGCAGCCUAUUCAAAGCUAGAUAGAAAGACAAAUAGAAAUCAGUUGCAGCAAGAUUACAUGUAAAUAUACUCUUGCUAACAUGCAUUGUAAGUUAAGUACCCAUCCUUACCAAUGAUAGAAUCUCUUCCUUCUUCUUUUUUUAAUCCAGAUAUAUGCUCAAGUUUGUGCUGUUA